GUCCAGGCUGAUUGCUUCGGUCAAAGUACAGUACCCAUAAGAAUGCGUGGGCAGUCCGCUGGUCCCUUCUUGCAUUCGGAAUUUGCAUCUGUGGUACCUCCGAUUUCCGUUUUCGGUUCUCCCUAGUUCCGGAGAUCUGCUAUUUGCACAUGCCCGGUCCGCGACCCACUGCAAUUACGUCGAUCGCACGUAGGCGGCAGGUACCGUAAAUAAUAGUUAACAGCCGGUCGGGAUCAAGCGACAAAGCGCCGCCCCAUUCCAUUCUUCCCGACUGUCAGCGUCUUUACGAAGGAUUUGUUCGGGACUAGCAGCUGAUUUACCCAAUCUCACCUGAAGCGCAGAAAGCCACAAUCGUCGCAAUUGAUCGCUCAGCCCAACCACAUCCACCCCCCCAACGAUCCACCAGAUGCGCCCGUCUAACCUCCUCGUCCUGGGCCUGGCGACAACGGCCCUCGCCCACGGCGAUCACGGCGGCGGCGCUGGGUCGGCGAAUAUCCCAGCGGUCGACGAGAAUGCGGACUGGAUGACGAGACACAUGGCCGAGGAGCACCACAUAACCGAGUUCGACCCCGCGUCCUUCUUCGCAUUACACGACUACGAUGCCGACGGUCGGUGGGAACCCGAGGAGAUCAUGCGGACGUACGGCUUGAUGGACGAGUCGAACAAGGACGUGUCGCAGGAGCGGAAGGACGAGAUUGUCCGCGAGGUGCUGCGGCUGGCCGACCAGGACCAAGAUGGGGUGGUCAGCCGGGAGGAGUUCCUGUAUAUGAUUCGCUUCGGAAAGACUCUGCCCGACUUCGGAACGGGGCCCGGCCACCAUGGCGACGACGAGUACGAGUAUGAGAUACACCAUUGGGAGAAAUACCACGACGAGAAUACCAAACUGGAGGACCUAACACACCCCGAGGAUAUCGAACACUUCAGGAAGCACGAAGAGAUGGAGGCGGAGGAGGAGAGGAUGGAGGCAAUGGCGAGAGAGUCCAUCGUGGAGGCAAAUAUACCCGACAAGUUCAGGCGAGACAGGGGCUAGGUAGCCGGAUAAGGCGCGGCCGUGGCAGGGUUCGGCCCAUACAUCCACACAUAGAUGUGAGAUGCUCUUGUCAUGUAACACUAAUAACUGCGACUAGAGAUUGUAGUAUAGACAUCAAAGACACAGUGCCAGACAUCUGGAGCAAAUGUCUUGACCUGUUCAACAUGUUCGACGCUAGCGAUCCUGUUUUGCCCACCGAGCCUCGCCCAAGUGUCAAAUACCUCCUGAAUCUCUUGUCGACGGCGUUGAAUAUCAGCAGCUCCGACAUUUUCGUGCAGAUGCAACCAGCCAUCACCUGCACCCACAAUAAUCG